AUGUACACCUCCGGACUAACCAACACCCCCAUCACCAAAAACCUGCUAAUCUACACAAUCGCCUCUUCAAUCCUCCUCUCCAUCCUCGACUCCAAGCAUCUCGCGUCGAUCCACGUCUCGCCGCAUCUCUGGCAGUACGGGCAAUUCUGGCGUGCGGCAGUAUGGCAGGUCGCUGGCUUUGCGAACUCGACGGAGGCGCUUUUUGCCGCGGUUCUGGUGUAUCAUCUGCGUGUUGUUGAGAGAGGGUGGGGGAGACGCAAGCUACUGUCCUUCAUCAUCUCGACACUACCAUAUACAACCCUACUGCCGCCUCUCCUCCUAGCCCUCGUCAUCCGCCCUUUAUCUUUCAACAUGAUAAACUACCUCCCCUCUGGUCCCGUCUCAACCCUCUUCGCCCUCCUCGCCCAAUACCACGCCCUAAUCCCCCACACCUACCGUUACCGCAUCGGCACCUCCACCACCACAACCGAAUCACCAAGCAAAGGGAUAACCCUCCUCCUCUCCAACAAAACCACAACGUAUCUCCUCGCCUUACAGCUCGCGCUCUCCCAGUUUCCGUAUAUGCUCCUCCCGUCUGUCACGGGGUGGUUUGUGGGGCUUGCAUGGCGCGCGGAGGUACUCCCUGGCGUUAGUGUGAAUUGGAGGGUUCCAGCUUGGGCUGUUGGGGAGAGGGAAAGGGUUAGUAGGAGGGGGGAGGAGGGGAGAUUUGAGGAUUUGAGGAGGAGGUUAGAGGGGGAGGUUGCUGCUGCUGGGGCUGCUUCGGGGGUGGCGAGUGAGAAUGGGGAUGGUGAGCGCAGACAGAGGCAGAGGGGUAGUCAAUGA